AUGAAAACCUCUCUAAUUUUCUUUAACUUACAGAUCAUAGCCGAAGUCGAUGAACUUGGUGGAAUGGCUAAAGCGGUAGCGAGUGGUAUGGCAAAAACAAAAAUCGAAGAAUCUGCUGCUAAGAAGCAAGCUCGAAUCGAUUCGGGCAAGGAUGUGAUUGUUGGUGUUAAUAAGUAUCAAACGGAUGAGAAAACACAAUUUGAAGUGCUAAAAGUCGACAACAAAAAAGUCGCUGAAUCGCAAUUUCAUAGGUUAGAACAAUUACGUAAUUCAAGAAAUCAUCAUGAUGUGGAUCGAACUCUUGAUGCUCUUACAAAGGGAGCUGCUGGCAAGGAAAAUCUCCUCGCUUUGGCCGUUGAAGCUGCUCGAGCCCGCUGUACUGUGGGAGAAAUAAGUUUAGCGAUGGAGAAGGUCUUCACCCGAAUUCAUUUUCAGAAUCAAUCAGAAUUCUUUCAGUUAAAUGAGCGUAUUAAAAAAUUUGCCGAGAAAGAAGGUCGCCAACCUCGUAUAAUGGUGACAAAAAUGGGCCAAGAUGGACAUGAUCGUGGAGCAAAAGUCAUUGCAUCCGCAUUUGCGGACUUCGGUAUGGGUUGA